AUGUUUUGAUUAUAGGCGCGGUCGCAGCAACGGGCUCCUUUUUACGAUGGAAACCGACGAGAGUGCCGUGUUGAUGAUCAUGUACGAGGAUGAGUCGGUAGAUAUCCGGUAUAGGAACGGAGCGCGGUUACAGCUGUCGCCGUGCGGUUCUGAAUUCCUGCUGGUGAAAGCCUCAGACUCCCGCCGACAUCCACUGCAGCCCGCUGAGAAAGUCCGACAGAGGACCAGGUUCACCAUCAGCACAUACAAGAAGCUGAUGUUGGCUGCACUGGCAUUUAGAAAUAAGUAUGCCCGUCAACCAUAUCUGCCACAUGAACUUAUCUCUGCUGAGAACAAAAAGCCUUUUUUCAGCAUUGAUUCAGCUGUACAUUGGCCAGAGGUGUCAGCCUCUCUGGCUGAAUUCGGACUUGGAGGCGAGACCAUCGUCAGGUCAGAGGAGGGACAUGCAGUGUUGGUGCUGUCAUCCUCCGGUGAAGAAUUCACAGUGGAGUUCAUGUGCAGCCUCAGUUCUGCUCGUAAUCAGCACCGCAGUGUGCAGCAAGUGAGCAGAGAUGAUAGCUACGGCAGACAAGAGCAAGCGAGCAGUCCAAUACCCGAUAAUACCAGUGAUCACACCGAAGUGGUCCGGCACGGAAGAAGAAACAUGAGGACAAUGCUGACCAGACCGAGGUCUUGUUCUCCUCAGAUGAUCAGCGAUGGGCACCAAAAGCCUGAACAGGUGUACCAGUCCACCACAGUGGUCCAGCAUCAUUCAUGCUGUGCAGUUGCUCCCAAAUGGGCCUACCCUCUUUCCGUGGCUCGCCAUCACUGGGGAGCUCGUUUCUCUAAAGCUAAAGAUGUAGCGGAUAGAGGAGCUAGCAGUUCGAACCAAUCAGACAAGACAAUAAACAAAUUGGACAUAUCCUGUGAAGACAGAAGGUCCCGUGUUCCUCAGGCGCUGCCUCUCACGUGUCCAACGCCUCAUCGGCACAGGUGGAAGGUUAAAGAUCCCCUGGCCAAAGAAGAACACACAGACCUUCCGACUGAGAUGGUAAAGGUAGUGUGGUGUCAGGGAGUCACUUACAGGAUACUGAGUGGAUCUGUCUCAGCUGUUGAGGUUUCCCCAGGGGAUGGAUCAGUCAUCCGCUCUAACCGCAACCUUAACUCUUAUUUUACGCAUCACAAAACUGAACUCCAGUCAGGGCGGGUCAAAGAGGUAACCUACCAUUUAAACAACCUUCCACCUGAUGUGCUUGGACAGGCCUACUCUGUUUGCUCUAUUGUGAGUCGUGCAAGCAGGAUCCUGGCUUGCUACAACCAGGCCUUGAAGUCACUGAAGUGUCCAGCCUUACCCAGCUGCUUGCAAGAGCUCGAAGUAGAUGGAUAUUUUUGUAAACCAGCAGCGUUUGAAGAAAUGGUGUCCAUUUCUGUGCCUGCUGAGCAACGCAUGAGUGUGACAGAGGAAGCAGGCAGUUUAUCAGAGCUCGUUGCUGCAGAGCUUGAGAAGAUAAAGCGAUUCACCUUUCUGCUGGAGAACAGUCACGUGCUGAGAAGUGGAAAAGCACAUGCAGAUGAGGAGGAAAGACCUGCAGACGUCACUUGUGAGCCAUUAAAUGACAACUAUGUUGCUGAAGCUCUUCAAAGGACAUCCAAAGCAAUUCAGGAUAUUGACGCUCUCGUAUCUGCUGCCACACUAACUUAAAACAAUCCUUAUGUUUAAGCAGGAAGCCAUAUUUGUGUGUUUGUCUCAAUAAAAAAAUAUAAUAAAA